UGACAGAAGGUGAAAAUAAUUUUCCUACGGUUCUAAGUAUACAAAUUCAUUAAUUUAGGGUUUCCGUUGCUGUUGAUUUCUUCAUUCCCCAAAAUAUUCAACUUUCAUUUCUGGAGUCCACGCCUAAGGUACGCUUUGGUAAUGUUUCUGCUGGAGUUAAUUAGGUUCCUCGAUGGAUUUGGGAAGCGAGUGUUUGGUACUUGAAUCUCUGGAAGAUAAUGGCGGAAUUACGAAUGGUUCUGUGUCUGAUAGAUCGAAUUCAGUUAGUCCUGAUUCGAAUUGCUACGGUAACGGAGCUGCUGCAGUAGAAAAUGGUGAUAAUAAUGAAUUGCUGCUUCCUGAUGGGAAGCUGAAGGAAACUGAAGUUAUAGGUUCUGUAAAUUCAACUUCUUCUGGUAUCAAACAUGACCAGUCUUCCUUAGUUUCUAAGACCAAGAAAGGCCUUGGGUUGAGGAAAUGGAGAAGGAUCAGGAGAGAUCCCAACAAGGUUGGGGACAACAGUUUGGAUCUUGGUGAGAUGCAGGUGACAGAAGACUUGCUGGAUUCAGCUGUAAAUUCGAGCAAACGAAUGCUAGUUAACAGCGAGCGGAAGCAAAAGAGCCAAGGUUCUUUUUCUUCCACAAAUGCUGUGAUUGGGAGGUUAGGCAGCCUUGUUCCACUAGAUGAUUCUGAAUUUGGGUUGGGGCUUCCAUUUUCUGCUGGAAUAGAUUCAGAGAUUAGUGAGCAUCAGAGUAGUAGAUCUUCCACAGCAGCCAGUGCACCAAAGGUAAAAUAUGAGACGGGGCGCGACAAAAACAGGAUAAGAAGAAGUUUGAGUGGAAAGAGUUACACAAACUCAGUGCAGUCUGAUCAUCAGCAGGGAAAGGUUAGGAUUGAGACCAUGAAAAAGGUUAGAGGGGAACACAGCAAAAUUGAGAUGGAAAACUCUCAGUCGAGCUUGGAAUCAGAUUCACGAAGCUCCAAGUUUGUGUUUUUGCACGAAACAUACUCUGCCAGUAAUAAUAGGAGAAAUCCGAUGUCAAAGAUCAAUGGUGGUGAAAAUGGUGACAUACCUCAAGGCAGUCGACACAACAUCAAUGAUGAACAUGAUGAUGAGGGCGUGGUGGCUGACUCGUCGUGGAAUGUUAGUCAAAACUUGAGUUUCUCUUCAAGAGGUCUCGAUACUCUAGUUGACUCCAUCUUUACACUUCAAUCUGCUCAAGAUGCUCUGGAAAGAGAGGUGCUAAAGUUCAAGGAUGUCGGCAAAGAUAUUUCUGCGGAUGAUUAUGUUUCAGGCCUACACACAGAAUUCACACCUAAUGGUUUCCCCCGGGUAGAGCAAUUCAAUGUCAUAGUAGAAGCAAGCGAAGACAUUUCAGCAGAUCUUGAAGACCUCUUUAAGCAAAAAAUCGAAGCUGAGGUUGAAUAUUUGGUAAUAUCAACAACAGUCCAGAAGCUGAAAGCUGCUCAGAUUACAAUUUUGGAAGAGCAAAAACAAAUGCUCGGAAAUACAGAAAAGAACGCUGAAAUGCUGCGGAAUGAGGCUGAGAAGCUGGAAAAUGUUUGCGAAAACAUUUCUAGAGCCGACGAAAUAUUACAUCUCCAGAAAACAAUUUGGAAGCACAGCUCGUGUUUCUUCAUUCAGCUCGUUGCAUUGGUAGUUAUCUUUGCCAUCUUCAUACAACGCAUAGCGCAAAAUCAUCAUCAUCAUGCAGCCCCCCUCCCGACAUAGUUCUUAUUCGAGGAUGAAAACUCGAGCUGCAGUUUUUGUUACAGAGGGAAUUUUCAACACUGUUUUGCAACUUCUUCAUUAGCUGCUGUGUUUGCUUUGAAGCUGCUUUAUUUUUCUGUGAACAAUGCAAUAAUUUGCUUUCA